AUGAAGAUUGCUGUGAUCGGCCAGUCGGCCUUCGGAGUGGACGUCUACAAGGCGUUGCGCAAGAACGGCCACGAAGUUGUCGUCGUGUUCACGAUCCCUGACAAAAAUGGCCGUGAAGAUUUGCUGGCUCUUGAGGCAGCAAAAGAUGGUGUUCCUGUUCAGAAACCGGCUCGAUGGAGGAAGAAGGUCGCCGAUGGAAAAUUCGAGGUAAAGCAUCCGUUCUAA